AUGCCCGAGUGGACCGAGCCACAGACGGCAGGCCCGCAGAACUCCGUGACCGGGUACAACUUUGGCGCUCCACCGCCGAAAAAGUCGGGACGAGGACGCAAGAAAACCGUCAAGCGCAUGAGUCGCGCCUCGUCGGUGGCUUCGUCAGAGUCCAGUCCGGCGCCCGAGUCCACGAACGGUGUUAAUGGACACGAGCCCAACGGCAAUACCACAGACAGCACGCGUCCGUCGUCGCCAUCAUCGUCACCGCAGGUGGAAGACCGGGUGCAGCAGUAUGAGUCCACCAACAAGAGAUCACUCAAGGUGGCUCUGGACAAGACAGAGCCGUCCACAGAACGAGGCUCGCUCAAACGACAAAAGACUGCGACGCCAAGCGGUUCCAGUACGCCGAGGAAACGAGGAAGACCCAAGGGAUCAGCAAAGAAGGAUAAGAGCAGUACUCCGACCCCGAGUACUCCAAAGCUGGGAUCCACUCCGAACCUGGGACACGGUUCGGGUCUGCAUAUUAAGAUCAAGGUGGCCAGUCCCAAAAAGCCCGGAAGUCCGUUUGGAUUUGCGACUAAAACGCCGCCAAGAGUCGCGGCUCCCCCUAGUGAAGACGACCCGACCAAGGACAAUGACGAUUUCUGCGACGCGUGCAAGGGCCUAGGCCGGUUCCUCUGCUGCGAGGCAUGUCCGAAAUCUUUCCAUUUUGCAUGUUCCGACCCGCCUUACGAUGACGAGUCGCUUCCCGACGGCCAGUGGUUUUGCAAGGAAUGCAAGGCCCGCCGGUUCCCUCCGGAGCAGGCUCCCAGGGGCAUUUUUUCGCAAUUACUAAACCGCAUCAGUCGCACCAACCCCAAGGAGUUCCGUCUUCCCAAAAGCAUCCGCGAAUACUUUGAGGGUGUCAGCACAGGGCCGUUUGGCGAGUAUUCCGACGACCACGAAAAGACCGAGAAGGAUAUCACGCUGGCUCUGGAUGAUCGAGAGGUCGGCAUCGUUCGCAACCUGGAUAAGAACGGCAAGCCGCUCGAAUGCUUCAAGUGCGGCAAGAACGGUCUCAAUGGCCGAGGAAUCACAUCCUGUGAUUACUGCCCCACAGCAUGGCAUCUGGACUGCAUUGAUCCUCCGUUGGCUAAUGUCAAGAUGCUAGGCCGAAAGUGGAAGUGUCCUAAUCACGUGGAUAAUGUGAUUAAUCUGCCUCGAAAGCCCAAGAAACUGAAACGUAUUGAUACGGACCUCCAGCGAGGGUUUGUUAACGAUGGUAACAUAGAGGUUCUCCUUGAUGAGGGAGAUGAGGGGGUACCCCUCUCUAUAAAGCCGUCGCUAGCUGAUAUUCGUCGGGCCAAAAUGAGGGAAAUGGUGAUUGAUGGAGUGGCUUAUCGACUGCCAGAAGCAGGGAUCAAAUUGGACUUCAUCGACACAGUAAAAAUGCAUAAUUGGAACGAGGCUAGAGAUGAAGCCGUGGCAGCAUACGCCAUGUUGGACAUGGCCGAGAAGUACAAGGAGAUGGAGGUGAAGAUGGAGGAAGAAGACGAUGACGAUGAUGGUGAGAUUAGUGACGGAGGUCCCGACGAUCUGGAGGCGGGUGUGGAGCAGGACGAGGAACAGGACUUGUUCUCGUUAUCCGAAAAACAUCUGCUGGCUGAAGUGAGAAAGAUUGUCACCAGCAAGGGCUUGGAUGCCGUGUUGGCGGAGUUGAAGAUAGCCGAUCUGGUGGAGAAGAAGAUCAAGGAGGAGCAAAAUGAUAAUGUGAAAAGUGAGACUCGUGACUGA